AUGGGAAAAGAUGUGGAGGAAGUCUCCGCGUCUCUAUUUGAGUCUGGCCCCUUUGGCUGUAUCCUGCUUACUGUCUCUGCCAUUCUUUCCAGAACUAUUGCAAUCUUACAAAGUGAUAUGAAUGUGUCAACAUCCACUCUCAUUGGAGCUCAUGGCUACUGCACACAGGAAUUGGUAAAUCUUUUGCUUUGUGGAUGGGCAGUUUCAAACAUCUUUGAUGAUGAAAUGAAGCUUGAUUCCGGAAAUGGAAAUUUUACACUUCUGAAGGGAAUUAAAGCACAUUGUAACAUUGGGCUGCUGUCUUUAUUGGAGCACUAUAAUAUAUGUAUGGUUGGAUCUCACCUGAAAACUCCCAGGUUUCCAAUUUGGGUAGUGUGCAGUGAGAGCCAUUUCAGUGUGCUCUUUUGCUCCUCUGAAGACCUGGCAACUGAUCACUGCAGAGAGGAAGAGUUUGACUUGUACUAUUAUGAUGGGCUGGCCAACCAGCAGGAACCAAUUAGAAUAACAGUCUAUCUACAUUGUGCUGCUGGUAAAAAGUAA